AUGGAUAAGGAAAGGUGCCAGAAAAAGUCCUUUCAAGAUAGUCUUGAAGACAUAAAGAAACGAAUGAAAGAGAAGAGGAAUAAAAACUUGGCAGAGCUUGGCAGACGCAAGUCCUUUAUAUCUGCACCAGGCCAAGGACCCACUACCACUUCGGCACAGCUGGCGAAUUACCAAAACAAUAGGUUAUUGGUUUUAGCUUUGGAAAAUGAAAAGUCCAAAGUGAGGGAGGCCCAAGACACCAUCCUGCAACUGAGAAGAGAGUGUUACCUCCUCACCUGUCAGCUCGCGCUGAGAGAGAAGCUCACUUCACAGCAGGCUAAAGGCACUGCACAGCACCAGGAAGCAUGUCUCCCAGGAAUGGACCCCAGUGUUGACGGCAACAGCAGGAAAUCACCUGGGAAUGACUUAUCGCAAGGUCCUCUUCAAGAAACUCACCUUUCAGAACAAGUACAAUCAUUCCAAAUAGAAGGGCCAAGUCCUACCAUCUCUGCAGACACACUGGUUAGAGACUUUGAUUCAGAUGAAGUCAUGUCUGCUGAGGAUGUCUUGCCUAGAACCAUAUCUCUGCGUCGUCGCCUGAGGAAACACGUCGGUGGUCUAAGUCAGUCCAGUGCCGUGGAGGACUGUGGGGCCAGCCAUCUGGCUGGGCAAUCUUCGGAACUGGAAAGAACUGGACGUGGAGACCCAAUGGUGCACAUACCUGACAAUGUAAAACAAAAUGUUUAUCGCUGGAACAAGGACUCCGUUAACUUAUCUCCUAGACCAGUUCAGCCAGGAACGCUUCCUAAAGCAAAGGAAGUUGUUCUAGAAUCUGCAUCAGAGCCGAUGAGAAGCAGGCACACAAACACACAAGGAAGAAGAAAGGGAGCCGGGAAGAAGAGGAGGAGGAAGUCAAAGACAGAAGGGAACCGCAGGGAAUCUGAGCAACCCGCGCUCCCUCGGACCGCCAGCUCCUGUGAUGCCUACAACUGCAACCUGGAAGAGGGCGUCCAUCUCACCCCGUUCCGCCAGACAGUGGGCAGCGACUCUGCUGGGGGCUCCAGCGGCAGUGAGGGUGACAGAAGUGACUGUGAGUCCAGCGCUUCCGAGGAUGACACCGACGACCUCUACGUGCCACCCUGCAAGUUCACUGAGGACUUCACCAGCAAAGCGGACAGACCCGUGACCAGGCCCAGAUCCAAAGGAGGACAGCAGCGCAUGAUGACAAAGCUGGGCAGGAGCCACCUCCCUCGAGCCGGACCCCCGAGGGCACACCUCCAGAUGCUCACCAGUCACCUCGUGCACCGCCAUCGUGAGCUUGAGGAGCCAGUCCUGGCUUCGCAAGACCCUCUUCAAGAAACUCAUCUUCCAGAACAAAUAAAAUCAUUCCAAACAGAAGGCACACCUCCUGAAGCUCACCAGUCACCUCGUCAUAUACUGAAAGAUGUCACCAGUAACCUCUUAUGUCCUACAGUGAAAACCAGGAAGCUUUCCCUUUCUCCACAAAGGAACAAAGAGAGUCCCCCCCACGUCUGCCCAAAGCGUAGGUGCACCACCAUCCUAAGCUAUAAGGAGCCAACCCUGGCUUCGAAACUAAGAAGAGGAGACCCUUUCACAGACUUGUGUUUCCUGAAUUCUCCUAUUUUCAAGCAGAAAAAGGACUCCAGACAUUCUAAAAAAAAAAAAGUACAAAGCGAUCCCAGUGAACCCUUUAUAAGAUGCUGUCGAAGUUGA